CGAGCCGCGAAGCUGUCAUGACGCUCCUGCCCUUGCUUCACACCGCGCGUUCACCAGCAUUACCGGCAACCCUACGGUUGAGCGCAGCGAGCUUAUUGCAAUGCCAACAUCGCAUAUCAGGCUGCUCAGCGAGCACCUCGAAUAGACGACAUCUCGCGACGCGACCCGAACCCGCGUACCCCGGGCAUAUUCCUUUGAACUGGGCCGAAAAUGCGUUCUUGGCCGUGGGGUCGGCCGUGAUGUCGCUGGCAGACCCGUAUAGGGGGGAUAUGAUCGCUGCCCUAGGCGAAACUACGGCAGGGCCAGUAUUACCCAAGCUCCUUGACACCAUGCUUGCCUCGCCCGAGGGAAGACGCAUCAUGAAGGAGAGGCCACGCAUCAACACCAAGACCGUCGAUAUGGCAUACUUAAGCCGACUUCCCAAAGGCACGUUCGGGAAGUCCUACGUUGACUGGCUAGAAAGAUGCGGCGUUAGCCCUGACACUCGAGAACCUGUUCACUACAUAUCGGACCCCGAACAAGCGUAUGUCAUGCAACGCUACCGGGAGACACACGAUUUUUACCACACUCUCACGAACAUGCCCGUGUCAGUCACGUACGAGCUUGCAGUCAAAUGGUUUGAGUUUGCCAACUUGGGCCUGCCGAUGGCCCUGCUUGGUGGUGUCGCAGGUCCGCUCCGCCUAUCAAGCAAACAACGAGAACGAUUAUUCACGCAAUACGUUCCUUGGGCGCUCAAGUGCGGAAGCUCCGCGCGCUGCUUGCUGACCGUGUACUGGGAGGAAAGAUGGGAACAACCGCUCGAGGAGAUGAAGAAGGAGCUCGGCGUCUGGGACGCGCCACCUGCGAGGUGGCCAAAACCUUUGAAGGAAACGGAGGUCGCUGAGGUCAAGGCCCAAGUCCAACAAUCCAACGUCAGCCCAUGAUUGCGACAAGCUGUACGGCGGACACACUGGGAUCCUGCCCUUCUUGACCGAGAUGCUCAAAUCAUCUUCGUGCGGACGCUUCGAUAGACAUUCCACAUCAUUCAUUCGAUUGUACCGAGUACUAUUAACGAUCUAUACU